AUGACCUCAAGACAUCAACUCUUUGCCUCCUCGGCACAAUACGGAUCACCAGCCUCCAGCCAGGCUUCUUCUCGAAUCAACACCCCUCAACCUCCACAGCCGUACGCCGGGUCGUCUUCGUCCUUUGGAGAGGCCAAGCCCUACGUUCCCGAGCAGGAGGAGUACGAUCCUAAAAGCCACAAGCAGUACUCGACGUCGAUGCUGUCGCAGUUGGAGUCCCAGAACGACGAGCAAAUGGAGGGUCUGUCUGCCAAGGUGCAGCUGCUGAAGGACGUGACCAGCAAGAUCGGAGUGGAGAUCCGGGACUCCAGCCACCUGCUCAACAACCUGGAGGACACUUUUGAAAAUGCAUCCACGAAACUCAAGGGCACCUUCAAGCGAAUGAUGAUCAUGGCCGACAACAGCGGUAUUGGCUGGAGAGUCUGGCUCGGUCUCUUCGCCUUCAUUUUCCUGUGUUUCUUCUUUGUUUGGGUGAGAUGA